ACCCUGACCCCAAGUUAGACCUAGAUCUAUAUCCCCUCUCGUGAUGCGAUCAAAAACACCGCCCCUCCAGCGAUGAUAAAACAGUAAACAUAAACGCAGUUGUUUCACGUCUUCAUAGUCAUUAGGAUAAUCAAUCUAUGUCUUAAUUAUGGAGGAUGAGGACGGAAAGAAUUGUGAUGGUCAGCCAAGUGACCUGCCACUGUAUCUAGUUGAAGUGCCAGAGGCAGUGAAGAAGGGAGAGCAUGUUAUGUUUACCAUCCACACAACUCUCCGUUAUGACAAGAAGAGUUAUGUCAUUCUUCGUCAAUUUGAAGACAUUGAAUGGCUUCAUCACAACUUGAUUACAUCAAAUAACAUUAAUGGAGUUAUAAUCCCUCCUCUACCUGUCAAACCAUUGUCAGACCCAAAAAGUGCCGAGUCCCUAUCACGACGCCAGCUGGGAGACAACACUAAAGUAUUACGAGGUGACCAGUUUGAGCAGGAUAGUAAAUCUGUUCAAAAAUACCUUCAGCUGGUACUGUCCCACCCAAAGUUUGGUAGAGACAAGAACCUGAUGAAUUUUAUGAAGGAGGAAGAGGCCCCCCAGCGAGUUCGUUUAAACAAAGGUUUAAUGACCAGGCUGACGUCGGCCAUUGACAGUGCCAGGAAAGCUAACCACAAGGAUGUUGAUGAAUAUUUCACUAAGCAAAGACACUUUUCUAAUGAAUAUUUAAAGGCAGUCAAAGAUGCCUCUUUGAACUAUAACAAAUUGCUUGUUGCUCAAUGGCGUUUAUCCAGCUCUUACAGGCAGCUGGCGACAGAACUGACGUCAUGCACGGCAGACAGGGAUGAAGGCUUGGUUAGACUAAACAGAAUUUUAAAACUACUGAGUGAUGGAUGUGAAGAUGAAGCUGUUUGCUAUGAGUUGAAGAGCAGUCAAGGGGAAACUACUCUUGGUUUUUAUUUGGACCUGAUGGCAAGGUUCAGUGAUUCCCUAAAGGACAUGCACUUCCGACGCACCAAUGCACUCAUUGAUUACCAGACGGCAGAGAAGGCUCUGGAGAAGGCCAAGCCAGUGAAAAAGGCAGCUGCAGAAGAAGUUUUUGAAGCAGCUAAGAAAACCUUUGAGGAAAGUUCAGAUGAGGGGAGGAAAGAGAUUACCAGCUUUACCCAACUCCGCCUGAUACAUACAGCUGAAGCCCUGUCAAAGUACGCAGAAAUUCAGAUGAAAAUCUCCCAGGACUUUUACUCACAACUAUUUCAUUCCCGUAAAGCGUUGUUAGAGCUGCAGUUAUGAUGAAAGCCACCAAGUCUUAUCCCAAUAUUUAUUAUUGUGUGUCCCUAACCAGGCGCAUCCAAGUAUAAAGUUUGAAAAAUACAUGUUCUCUAACUAGAGGACAUGCAUGAUUUCACUGGGCAGCUGUAUAUGCCUUUAUACUUUUGUACUAUUUUGAAUCUGAGAGAAUAGUUAAAUAUAAUUAGUCCUCAUGAACUGUAUUAUUAUCCCAAAUGUUAUUUAAGCAAUAAUUGGUAUUUUUGUUAACUUGAAAAUCAAAAGAUAUUAAUGUUUAAAGUACUCAACGAAAAUUUCAUGUGUUACUUUUAAAGAAAUGUUUGUUUGUAAAUAUAGUGUUGUUUAUUGGAUAUUUAAAAAUCCAAAUGUUACGUGGGGUUUAAGACAGGAUUUGAAAUGAGAUUUGAGAUUAACAUUGUGUUUAUAUGUGACAAAUCCAUUCCCAACUAGCUUCACUUGAUUAUCUCAGCGUUUUUUAAUUUGGAGCAUUUGACUUUUAUUCAUUUAAAUUUUCUUUGUUUUAUCACUCAUUUUGUUAAGUCUGUGAUGUAACUGAUACGUAGGUGAAAACCAUUCCAUGUUGAACGAUAAUGCAGCUAAUUAGAUAAUUACUAAUUAAAAUGUUAAUUAAAAUGCUGAGCAAGUUUGACACCAGGAGCAUAGAGGACCAGAAAUUGGUGUAGUUUACAGUUUCAUCAGACCCUAUCAAACACCCUCCAUCAUUGUGUACAGUUUCAGACACCUGUCAAGUUGAUUACAUAAUGACAAUUUGUUUCAGACAACUGUCAAGUUGAUUACAUAAUGACAAUUUGUUUCAGACAACUGUCAAGUUGAUUACAUAAUGACAAUUUGUUUCAGACAACUGUCAAGUUGAUUACAUAAUGACAAUUUGUUGACAUACUAGCAGCUAGGCAGCUGACACAUAAAGUAGGCGACAACAUAACUCAGAUACAUAUAUUAGUGGUCAGUUUAAAGACAAGUUUUAAGAAAAAAAAAUUUUUUUGUGUUGUGUAAUUAUCAUAAGAACAUGUUUGUCAAUAAGUUUUAGUAUUCAGCUAACGACUUGAUUUUGCAAUGGGUUGAAGUAAUUCCCCUGCUAACUAGUCAAAGUGAUUUUAAUUUUGUGGCAUGACUUCGUUAGAAAUGAUUUUAUAUGUAAAAACUGACAUAUAAUUUUAUAAUAUUAUUAAUAACAGGUCUGUUAUCAAAUAAACAGUUAAUUAUUUAAA